GAAGUUAUCCAUCGUCUUUGACGCUCCAGAAACAGUUGGCCGAAAGUUGUCAAUCAAACUGGCAGGAAAUCCGCCCGACAGUCAGAAUCAGGUCGUUUUGUUGUAAUUGGUACAUGUCUGUAGUGUGAGAGGAGUCACUGUGGCGCGUGUGUAGCAGGAUAUGCUGGUGUUUAAUCUAACAGAUCUUUGUCAGGCAGGAAGCACUUGCGCUGCAAACUCGCCGACUCUGAGCUAACCCGUUUUACAUUUCACUCCUGUUCACUGCGUUUAUUUGGAACAUGAAAACGACAUUAUUCCUGCUGCAUGCCGUCUCGUGCACCCUGUUGGUCGGCGCCACUCUUUCAAAAACGGAUCCGAAGAAGUCGCACAAAGCUGAUGCAGAGACAUCUCUAGCUGAGUUGUCCGUUUUGGAGAGAGGACUUGUUGUGUCACACCCGUCCUGGAAAGACAUAGUGAAAGAGGAAAAGAGAUACUGGUCUCAGAUCAAGAAAACUUUUCAAGGCCCGGUGCUUGGAUACGUCACCCCUUGGAAUUCCCACGGUUAUGAUGUUCCCAAGAUGUUUGGUCCUAAACUAACAUCGGUGUGUCCAGUUUGGCUUCAGCUGCGCCGGCGGGGCCCGGAAACAUUCGACGUUACAGGACUCCACGACCACGAUCCAGGCUGGGUCAAAGCCGUACGCAAGUCUAACAAAAGAGUCCGGUUGGUGCCUCGGCUGUUAUUUGAUGGCUGGUCUUAUCAGGACUACAUGAGCGUGCUGGGGAGCGAGGAUGAGAUCGAAGAGCUGGGCAGCGAGCUGGUGGAUGUAGCAAAGACUGAAGGUUUCGACGGGUUCACGUUGGAGUUGUGGAGCCAGCUGGGCGGUAACAAAAGAAAGGAGCUGGUCCAUAUGGUGAAACACAUAUGCGAAACUUUGAAGGCAAAAAGAUUAGACUGCAUUCUUGUCAUCCCGCCUGCUGUGACAAGUGUGGGGCAGCCGGGCAUGUUCGGCAUGGAGGAGUUUGAGCAGCUGGCCCCUGUAGUCGAUGGAUUCAGCCUCAUGACAUACGACUACUCGAGUGGUGCCAGUCCGGGCCCCAGCUCCCCUCUGCCCUGGGUGAGGGACUGCGUUCUGCAACUUGCUCCCGACAACCAGUGGAGGCAGAAGAUUCUGCUUGGACUCAAUUUGUAUGGCCUUGAUUUUGCAGGUCAGGCAGCAGAGCCGAUCCUGGGAGGAAGGUACAUUGAGAUUUUGCGAGAACACAGGCCAAAACUUCACUGGGACGAGUAUUCUGCAGAGCAUUAUUUCAGCUACAAGAGGGGCAAUGCUGUUAAGCAUGUGGUGUACUAUCCAUCAUUGAAGUCGAUCUACAUGAGGAUCUCUUUAGCCGCUGAACUGGGAACAGGAAUUUCCUUAUGGGAAUUGGGACAAGGACUGGACUAUUUCUACGAUCUCCUAUGAGAGUUGGACUUGAUCAUGAAGAAUUCGAACCAGCGGCACAUGAAGAUUGAGCACCCAAAAUUUCAGUAGCCUUAUGUCAAUGUUCUUUUUCUGUAUUUGUUUUUAAAAGUUAGGCUUACAUGAACUCUGAAAUGAGCCACAGGAUUUAGUUAAUACUCAACUUGUUUGAGGGCAUUGAAAGUGUUGGGAAACCUCUGCAUGAACCAAUCAUUAACGUUGACUCAAACGAUACUAGCAGCGGACACAAGGUACUUCAGUAUGUUUUAUUCCUUAUUG